AUGGGCAACAUUUCCAGUACGAAUAAGAUAUCCGCACAGGAUAGGGCAAUCUUAGAUCUGAAAAACCAACGGGAUAAGCUCCAUCAAUACCAGAAGCGAAUCACUGUUCUCACAGACCGAGAAACUGCCAUAGCCCGGCAAUGUUUAGCCCGUGGGGAUAGGUCACGGGCUCUGUUAGCUCUACGGCGUAAAAAAUAUCAAGAAUCACUCCUUGCCAAAACAGACGCCCAGCUUGAUCAACUAGAGAAAUUGACCGGCAGUGUGGAAUUCGCACUCGUCCAGAAAGAUAUCUUGUUCGGCCUGAAACAAGGCACCCAGGUUCUACAAGCCAUCCACAAAGAAAUGGGAGGUAUAGAAAAGGUAGAAAAGAUGAUGGGCGAAACAGAAGAUGCCAGGGCAUAUCAAGAGGAAAUAAGCCGAAUGCUUGCUGGGCAAAUGUCCAAUCAGGAUGAAGAUGAGGUAGAGGAUGAAUUGGAGAACCUUGAGCGAGUAUUAGGAGUUGCUGUGGAUCUUCCUGAUGUCCCAGUAUCAGAAUUGCCAGAGGAAAUGGAGGAAGACCAAGUUGCCGCUGCAAAGUUACGUGCGCGUGAACGAGCAAAGGCGCGAAAAGCAGCGCCAAUGGCGGCUUGA